AUGAGCGGCCAGAAGGCGGCGGGGGGCGCCCGAAAGCGGAGGAUGGCGGCGGCGGCGGCGGCGCUGCUGCUCUGCAAGGGCCCCCGCGCGCGGCUGCCGGUGGGCGCCAGCGCGCUGGGCUUCUUUGUCCUCUGCUGGCUCUACGUCUUCCCGGUCUACCGGCUGCCGGACGAGAAGGAGAUCGUGCAGGGGGUGCUGCUGCAGCAGGGCAGAGCUUGGCGGAGGAACCUCACCGCGGUCGCCGGCUUCAGGAAACUGCUGAAAGACUGUUGUGACCCUGGGCAGCUCUUUGCGAUGACGAAGGAGAAUUCUCCCGUGGGAAAGAACCUCUGGUACGAUGGUGAAUUUCUGUAUUCCUUCACAAUCGACAACGAAACCUUCUCACUCUUUCCAAAGGCAACCCCGUUCCAGCUGCCCUUGAAGAAAUGCUCGGUGGUCGGAAAUGGCGGCAUUCUGAAGAAGAGCAACUGUGGCAGACAGAUCGAUCGGGCGGACUUUGUCAUGCGCUGCAACCUUCCUCCUCUCACCAGCGAAUACAGCAGAGACGUUGGGUCCAAAACUCAACUGGUGACUGCAAAUCCUAGCAUUAUCAAGAAAAGGUUCCAGAACCUUCUCUGGUCCCGGAAAGCGUUUGUGGAGAGUGUUAAAGUCUACAACCAGAGCUACAUUUAUAUGCCGGCCUUCUCCAUGAAAACGGGGACGGAGCCUUCUCUCCGGGUCUACUACACCUUAGCCGAUGUUGGCGCCAGGCAAAGGGUGAUCUUUGCCAACCCAAAUUUCCUGCGCAGCACCGGAAAGUUCUGGAAGGGCAAAGGAAUUCAUGGAAAGCGGCUUUCCACAGGCCUCUUCCUGGUCAGUGCGGCCCUGGGCUUGUGUGAAGAAGUGACGAUUUAUGGCUUCUGGCCUUUUUCAAUAGACUUGCAUGGGAAGUUUAUCAGUCAUCAUUACUAUGAUAAUGUAUUGCCUGACUCAGGCUUCCAUGCCAUGCCAGAGGAAUUCUUGCAGCUUUGGUUUCUCCACAAAAGGGGAGUACUACGGAUGCAGCUAGAACAUUGCGAAGAAUCUGUAUUUUAUUCCGCAGACUGAGAACUUUGAGGAAGAUCUGAGGAAGCCUGUUCUGAAUUCUACAACAAG